CAACACUGCAUCCCAGCUCUACUUUGUUGGCUAGCAAGUUGAGAACAGUAGCGUACAAAUCUGUCCUAUAUAUUUUCCCCUCAAUGAACCGCGCUUUUUAUGAUGUCCGAGAAUGUCCAUUUCUGGAACUCUUAGCAAUUACUAUGUCGAUUCCAUCAUAAGUCAUGAAAGCGAAGAUCCGAAUUCAGCCAAGUUCUCCAGUGUACAGUAUUCAAGUUCCAGGCAGCCGGGAGAGCACACUGAACAUCCAGAAUUCCCCUCGUGCAGCUUCCAGCCAAAGCCUCCGGUUUUCAGCGCCUCCUGGAAUCCUUUUAGCCCCCACGCGUCAAAUGGUUUGCCCGCGGUCUACCAUCCUUAUAUCCCGUCUCAGCCCGUACCUUCAACGGACACUAGAUACCUUCGCACUUGGCUUGACUGCACCCCGAGGUCCGAGUCCCUGGCCGGACAGGGGCAAGUCAAGUUAGAGCCGCUGCUGGGACAUCUCGGAGAGCCCCCCAAAAUCGGAGGACACGAGUACAUUUUGGAGUCUUCUUCGGCUAGGGAGUUUAAUUCCAAUCAAGGCUCCGGCUUCGAGGACAAUAAGGAUGUUUGCGAAGGUAGCGAGGACAAAGACGGUCCAGAUCAAAACGACCCAUCUGCCAACUGGUUGCAUGCCCGGUCCUCUCGGAAGAAGCGGUGCCCGUACACCAAAUACCAAACCCUGGAGCUCGAGAAGGAGUUUCUUUUCAACAUGUACCUCACGCGGGACAGGAGACACGAAGUAUCGCGUCAACUGAACUUGACAGAGAGACAAGUUAAAAUAUGGUUUCAGAAUCGACGGAUGAAAAUGAAGAAGAUGAAUAAGGACCAGCCCAAGGAAUAGUCCGGGGAUGGCUCCGUUAAAAACAACAACACAACGACAGGGAUGGUUUCUGUUUUCUUUGCCGCCCUCUUUGUUAAAACAUGGACAGUUCUUAAGUAGGAUCUUACACGUUUGUUUUCACCAUUCCUAUUUUCAGAGAAAAUCCCUUAAUUAUGUCCAAUAAUAGUUUGUGAGUUGACUUUAGAAGAAGUGUUUUUUUUUAUUUGAAAUGUGUAACACUGAGUAUUAAAAUUCAUAUG